GCCAUCUUCGGGGGCAUCUUCAACGGAGGCGGAUCGAAGCGGCGCGAAGCCGCCAAGGCGGCGCUGCUCGAGGCCAUCGAGGGCACCCAGCGCGGCGUCGCCGCGUCGGAGGAGGACGUUGCGGCGGUGGAGGCGGCGGCGUCGGCGCUCGAGCGCCUCAACCCCAAUCGGCAACCCCUGGCGAGCCCCCUGGUGAACGGAGAGUGGGAGCUGCUGUACACCACGUCCGCGUCAAUCCUCGGCGCGAAUAAGCCGUGGUUCCUCCGCCCGAGCGGGCCCAUCUACCAGGCCAUCGACGUCGGGCGCUUGCGAGCGCGCAACCGCGAGACGUUCCCCUUCUUCAACGCCGUCGACGCGGACCUCACGCCGACGUCGAGAUCCGCGGUGAAUGUCCAAUUCGUCAAGUUUUUCAUCUUCGGCGUCGCGCCCGUGGACGCGCCGCCGUCGGCGCGCGGCGCGCUGGACGUGACCUACCUCGACGACGACACGCGCGUCAGCCGCGGCGAUCGCGGCAACCUCUUCGUGCUGCGAAUGCACGACCGCGACGUGGAGCUCCCG